AUGGAUUUUAAUUCGAGGAAAAAGAAGAAAAAAAAUAAUAAUAACAAUGACAUAUACAAUGAAAAUAUAAAUAUAUACCUAGAGGAAAAUGACAACUACAUACUGGACUUGGAGAAAAAGGUUCAGACACUGAAACUGCUUGGAUCCAACCUCAGAGAUGAAGUCCGCACAUCCAACUCCCUCCUGGAUAAUUUGUCGAACAGGAUGGAAAACGUGAACAGAAAAUUAACAGGAGUGUAUAGGCGCGUGAAAAAUAUUAUAAAGACAAAGGGAAAUAAAUACAUCUUUUACCUCAUCCUGUUCUUCCUAUUUUUGCUCUUUUUUAUGAACUACUUAUAUCGAAAGAAUAGAUAG